GGUGCCAUAAUUAUCUGUUUAAUUUACAUAUAUUUUGCACUUUCUACCUUAUCGUUAUUUACUUUUAAGAACUCGUUUUAGUAAAUGCAUCUGCCUUAGUACAAUAUAUACUAUACGAAUGUUCAUCUUUAUGUUACUUUUGAAAGAUAUAUUUAACGCACACCAUCAGUUGGUUGGUAAGAGCAGCGGUGCGAACAGCACAACAUACAACAAACGGAGCAAUGUCUUUGCUUGAACUUUUCGGUUUAUCAAUUUUGAUUUACUACGUAAUCUACGUACUCUGCUGGCUUUUGCUCGACUGCAAUGUCCGUCUGUGGUGGAAGAUAAGAUUCGGUGUAUCCAUAUCAACACUGAGAGGACAGGUGGUGUGGAUAACAGGAGCCUCAAGCGGUAUUGGACGGGCUUUAGCGGUGCAAUUGGCUCAGCAUGGUGUAAGAUUGGCGAUUUCAGCUAGGCGAGAAGCUCUGUUGGAGGAGGUGAAAGAAGAAUGCUUGGCCAAAGCGAAAGGACUUUUGGCUUCUAAAGAUGUCUUGGUGCUGCCAAUGGACAUGCUAAAAUUGAAAGAUCACAAGAAAUGUCUGGAUGAAGUUCUCAAUCAUUUUGGAAAAUUAAAUAUUGUGGUCAAUAACGCGGGUCGUUCUCAAAGAGCUAGUUGGGAAGAUAUCAGUGUAGAAGUGGAUAGAGAACUCUUUGAACUGGACGUCUUCUCGGUAUUACAUCUUUCACGUUUGGCGGUACGUUACUUUGUCGAACAAGCUGGGGGACAAGGACAUUUGGCCUGCACAUCAAGCAUUGCCGGCAUGACAGCAGUACCAUUUUCGGCAAGUUACUGUGGCGCCAAGCAUGCGCUAAAUGCAUACUUCUCAUGCUUAGCCAUAGAGCAUUCUUCCUUAAAUAUAACACUGUUCAAUCCAGGUCCUGUGGCUACAGAUUUCUUACAAGAAGCCUUUACAGGUCAACCCAAUGAGAAAGUUGGUCAAAGCACACGCGACCAGAAACGACUUAGCGCAGAAAGGACUGGUUUUCUGUUUGCCACUGCUAUAGCUAAUAAACUGGAGAUGGUGUGGUGCGCUUUGUUCCCAGUUAAUUUUUUGGCAUACGCUUAUCAGUAUGCGGGAUUAAGGCUCAUCUUGCGCUAUGCCAUGUCUCGUAAAACUUUAAGUAAGAUAAGAGAAGGCAAACUGUAAAUAGGAUUUUAAGAUUACAAUUUUUGUAGCUUUCUGAUAAUUUAGCAUUUAAACAGUUUUGUUUUUAAACUGAAAAAGACUACAACCUAUACAACUAAAAUAAAAUUAGUUUUUAUGUACUAUAAA